AUGUCAACCAUCAAAAAGGGACUAUCAGUGUUUGAUAAUUACAAACAACAAAUUUCCGAAUUAUCAUCAAAUAAACCGAUGGAAAUUUAUAUUCGUGCUAUCUUUCUUCGAAUAGGUGAAAUUGAUACAUUAAAUGAAAGAUAUCAGGCACAAGCAUCGAUUGAAGCUCGUUGGCCAGUAGAAUUUAAUAAAUUAUCAUUACAUCUUUCAAAUGAUGAUCAAAAACGUUUAUCUGAUGGAAAAUCUAUUUCACUUCAGAAUUAUGCACAAUCUAAUUGGCAUCCACAACUUUAUAUUGAAAAUACUUUUGGUGAAUUAAAAGAACAAAUAAGAUAUACUGCUAAAAAAUCUAAAGAAGAUAAUCAAAUAUAUAUAU